AUGGUGAGAAAGAAUUGGCAUUUGGAAGAAGAGAACUGCUGCAAGUUGCAACUGGCUUGUAUUAUGGCACAUUCUCCAGACAAGAUAAAGAGCAUCGAUGGCUCAAAAGAAACUCUUAAACUUAGUGUGAGGAUCAGUGAUCUAUGGUUUAUUGGCACGCCUAACAAAUCUGAGCAAGCUGAAAUGGUGUUUGUGGACUUCGAUGGUGAUGAGAUCCACGUUGUUUAUGUUAUUGGUGUUGUGGAGGAGGUUGUCUUUCGCCAAGUUUCAGGAAAAGGUAGAAGGGUAGUCUUCAAACUAAAGGACUUGAGCCAGCAAUUGCUAUCUUGCACUUCGUGGGAUGAUUAUUGCUUGCAGUUUUUGAAGUUCUUAGAUGAUUAUGAAGGUGAUGGCCCAAUUACAGUUCUAUUGAGCCAUUGUAGGAUCAAGGAAGCGCAGGGAUCUUAUCCCGCAUCGAUCAGCAAUUCUUUCAAGGCUUCAAAGUUAAUUAUUAACCAGCCCGUGAUGGAGAUUCAAGAAUUCAAUGAACGGCUUGCAGAGUUGGGUAUUGAGGCUCGGUCAGGUUUUAAAUCCCAUGGUGAAGGGAGUACACAGCUUUCAGGUUCUAUUCAAUUAUCAUCAAAAGAAGCAUUAUUUGGCAAGGCUAAGGCAAAGUCUAUUGCUAACAUUAACACCAUCUCUGAAGAAAUUGUUUGUGUCACUAUUGGCACAAUUACUAGGAUUGUUCUGGACAAUCAUUCAUGGUGUUAUACAACUUGCAUUCAGUGCCAUAAAAAGAGUGAUGCAGAGAUGGCGCCCUUUACAUGUGCAUGCGGAAAAUACAAUAAGGAAGUUGUGCUUAGGUAUAGGCUUGAGGUGAUGAUCAACCAGGGAAAUGAAAGCACAAAAUUCCUGCUUUGGGACCGUGAGUGCAGUGAAUUAAUUGGUCAAUCAACUGAUGAUGGUGAUGUUGAUUUGAAUGCUUCACCCCAAGCACUUGAUAAGCUGCUGGGUUAUGAACUUGCUUUCAAGAUAAAGCAAUCCCUGACUGUGACAUCAGACCAUGAUCCACUGCUUGGACUCCCCUUGACGCCUACAAAGCGGCAGACAUUUCAAGAUUGUGAUGAUGAAGUAGGGACCCCUCAAAUUUCACCUGCACAGCUUUCACCCAACAAAUUAAAAAAACAUGGCGCAAUUUAG